CACACUUCCUGUGGUAUAUUUAUGACUCUGUGAGCCCAGUUCCGGUGUCUGCUGAUACGAGCGCUGAGUCUCCCGUCUAAAUGCAGGGGAGUCAGGGGACCUUUUUAUAUCACGGAACGCAAGGCAAAGACAGGCAGAUCUCGGGAAAUAACUAUCACACGUUUAUACCAUAUCACACCUUGGCUUGAAUUCCUAUGGAGUUUUACCAUUUGGGAGGGAAGUAAGCUGAAGCUAUGGAGGACUGCUUACAUACGUCUUCUGAAAACCUGUCAAAGCUGGUGAGCUGGGCCCACAGCCAUGGGACGAUCUGCAGCCUCAUCCCCAACCUGAAGCACCUGCUGUCUGAGGGCUCCCAGGGGAACCUGACAGCCAUGUGGGGCUGUACCGCCGGUCAUGCUUACCACUGGCCUCUGACGGCUACCUGUCGGGCCGGAUCCCAGGAACGCAUGUGCUAUCAGGACAGCCGCAGCUUCAACUCAGACAGUGCCAGCAUUAGUGGGGCGGCCUCCGAAACGCAGCCCAGUCCCGGGGAGAGAUUCCCAGGAAGGACGGUGAAAGCCAAGGUGGACUGCAACCGGACCCAAGACUCCUACGACUUCUCCAACUGCAGUGAGCCUUCAGAAGUAGAAGACAAUAUGGAGGAAUAUGAGGAUGAGAACGCCUUGUUUGACAUGGUGUGUGAGUCCUCUCCAACGGACGAGGACAGUGACUUUGAAACCCAGCUGCUCAGACAGCAGCAGCACAGUGCCCCUCAGAAGAGGCCCAACACAAGCCCACUUCCUUCUGGUGCAGAGAGCAAACCUUCCUGCCAAAACAUGGAGGAUAGCGGCAGCAGUGGAGGAGACAACAUGAUCGUGAAGAAGAUAAAGCAGGAGAUGCCUGAGGACUACUACAUUGUGGCCGAUGCUGAGCUUACUGGGGGUAUCAAUGGCCCCGCUUUGUCCCUCACUCAGACACCAAAGCAGUCCCAAACCACUCUCCCAGGACCUUCAUCAUACACCGUGCCUCAUAUGCCACCCACAUUGGCGUCUCCCAUCCUCAGUGUCGAGAAUGACACUCAAGGAGUCUCUAUCUCUCCCCCAAUCAGUUCACAUGGUAUGAUUCCAAUGUCUGUAAGGGGCCCUGUUGCGGGACACUGUAGGCUUGUGACGAAUGUCCAGGCUUCCAGCCAGCCGUUGACCCAUCAGAUGCCAGUCAGUACAUCUGGAGUCAACCAGCAAAUCAACAUUCCCUUAUCGGCCUUGCAGAUUCCAGGGCAGACUGAGCAUGUCCCAAUAGAAGAGCUUGUCAAACCGUCCCCCAAACCAGUGGCUUCCUGCGAGGUUGCUCUGUCUCCCUCCAUGAUCACUGAGCCGGAAGUCAGCUCCAGCCAGCAGCAAAAUAAUGCCUCUGUAGCUUUUGCAAUGGAUGGUAACACUGAAGCAGCAUCAGAUAUUGACGAAAGACAAGCCGAAGCUAACAGGGAACAGAACGAAAAGACCAUCAGGAGCACCCAGACGUCACUUCGAAACUUCCGGGAGGAUACAAAGCUGAACAAAUUCCCUGUAUUCAAUUUUAAUGACGAACUGAAGGAUUUGUGUGUGAGUGCCGUGAGCGCCAACACUACCAAGGCUACUCUCUAUGCAUUGAAUGUCUGGAGGUACUGGUGUAUGACCAAAGGGCUAAAGGACUAUAUGGACAUCACUAAGAUCCCAGCCCCCAAGCUGAACGAGCUGCUGGGAGAUUUCUACGUGAGUGUAAAGAAGACGGAUGGCUCGGAUUUCCUGGCCACCUCUCUGCACGCCAUUCGGAGGGGCCUAGACCGCAUGCUGAAAAAUGCUGGCGUGGGCUUCUCCAUCACCAGCAGCAUCUUCAACUCCUCGUCCCAGAAGCUCAAAGAGAAGCUCCAUGUGCUCAGCAAGGCAGGCAUGUCGGGUGCCCGCUCCCGUAACAUUAUCUAUUUCUCCCUCAACGAUGAGGAGGAGAUGUGGAGGAUUGGUUGCCUGGGUGAUGAAGGGCCUGUGGCUUUGCUGUCUACAGUGGUCAAGUACAAUAGCCAGUUCUUCAACAUGAGGACCUUGCAGGAGCAUGCUGACUUGAUGUUUGGUGACGUCGAACUACUGAAGGACAGGGACAACCGGCCUUUCUUCGGCAGAACUGACAGUGUCAAGCGGGAGAAGAGGGUCGGCAGCAAUACCAAAGUGUGCUACGGGCAGGUCUACCACGAGCACUCCCGGGGCCAGAAACGCUGCCCCUACUGCCUACUCUACAAGUACAUGUACACCCACCGACCGCCAACGCUCAUGGACCCCUGCUCCCCCUUCUACCUGGCCGCCCGCAAGGAGAUGUGUUCAGUCAACGGUGUCUGGUACGAGGAACAGAGAAUGGGCCUUCGCUCCCUCAGGGGGGUUGUGCCUAAGCUGGCCAAGAAGGUACGGCUGGAGCAAUGUGAUAACUUCACUUUUGUCUCCUUCACACAGGCCUCUAGGAAGUUCUCUCACAUCAACCACCUGUGAUUUAAAAUGGAACAAUAGACUGGCCCUUUCAAACAGAAGACAAUAGUAAAUUCAAAACAUUAUUCUUAAAAUAGUUAGUGUCCUGGCAAGUUAAUAUGUACAAAACUAUGCAUUUUUUUAGUAAAACAUACUUUACUUCCUUGUGAGGCCCAUUUUAUCAUUGUAGGUUGUUAUGGUGAAUAUUUUAUGAGUUACAGAUUUAUAGUUAUUGCCAGUACAGAUAUUGAUUUUGCUUGUGUCCACUGGAGGACUGCUUCUAUUAAAACAGUUUAGAUAUCGUUUUCACUUUUCUUUAGCCUGCACAAGUAUAGCUUGAAAAGGUGUUUUUUUUUAAUCCAAGCAGUAGUACAGUACCUUGUUUUGAGAUCAUUAAAGCGUGGAAGAGACCUGCAAAAUAUCUGUCUGAUAUUCUAUAUUAACAAAAUACUCAACUCCGCCUUUACUUCCAUCAUGCGGUGUGCAAGAGAUCAUGAGAUAUAAAGAGUGCUCCAGGGCUAUUUUUCUAUUGAGUGCCAGUGGUAAUGUGGUCUGUGUUGAAGUCUGUUUCACUGUUGCCCAGGGUCCACAGAAAAAAAUAUAUUAACCUGGUGAUGGAUGACAUAAGAGAAAUAAACCUCUGAACACAAUUCUUCAUCAGUGCAUGCACAGUUGAGAUCGCAGGUUUUCUACUGCUGUGUAAAAGCGUUUUGUGAUUGCAGUAUCAUAUUGACAUGUAGCAGAAUACUUUAUUUACAGCAGUAGUAUGGUAAUAAGCAUUAUAUUUAGCUGUACUAAUGCAAAUUUUUAAUGUUAACGUAAUUAAAUAUUAUCUGAAGUACAUUAAAUAUUAUUAUUAUUAUUUAUUUCUUAGCAGACGCCCUUAUCCAGGGCGACUUACAAUUAUUACAAGAUAUUACAUUAUACAGAUAUCACAUUAUUUUUUACAUACAAUUACCCAUUUAUACAGUUGGGUUUUUACUGGAGCAAUCUAGGUAAAGUACCUGGCUCAAGGGUACAACAGCAGUGUCCCCCACUGGGGAUUGAACCCACAACCCUCCGGUUAAGAGUCCAGAGCCCUAACCACUACUCCACACUGCUGCCCAUUAGCUUGAUUUGAUUCCAGAAUUCGCAAUUCUCUUAUUUAAUUAGAUUAAUAAAUAUUGCAAAAAGGUAAUCAAUUAA